GGAAGAACAUAUCUCAUUAAUCAAUUUGCUCUCGAUGGUGAAAGUGUUUCCGAAGAAAAUGGGAUUAGAAAGUGUUGUCUUUCAGAUUCUGUAUUGGCUGCUGUUGGAGAUGGUUUUACCAAACUUGAGAUUUUGAGGUUGAUGUGGUUUCCUGAUGGAAUACAUGUAGGGCUAAUAUCUAUUGCUGAGAAAUAUUAUCAAUGGAGCCUUUCUACUUGCACGUUUUGCUUUGGCUUGGGUAGCUAUUUAGUAGCAAGAUCUAGAAUACUUUUCCAUAUUUGCUUAGGCUGUGGUAUUGGGGAAGUUGCAUGGAAUGGUUAUUGGGAGUGGAAAUCUAUGGAGGAAAUUGGGUCUCCCUUGCUUGAUUGGAGGUUGAAGUUUCAAAGAAAUGAAAAGUGGACCAAAAGGGAAUGCUAUGGUGCAGAUGAAGCUCUAGCUGUUAUUGGGAAGUAUUUCUUACAAACGUCUCAAUACAAGCAGUGGGAUUUCGCUGCCCAUUCCUUGAAACCUUAUUGGGAGUUUCAGAUCAUCCACAACAAAGGCUGUGGUAUUAGGGAAGUUGGAAUGGGGUGUCGUGUUGAAGAUGAAGCUCUAGCUGUUAUUGGGAAAUAUUGUUCUCGACUUGAAGAUAUAAAUUUGUGGGAUUGCUUAGGUUUUACCGAAACUGGAUUGGUUCAGUUGGCCGUUGGUUGUGGGAGAACUUUGAAGUCACUUGAUGUUGCUUCCUAUGAAAGUCUUCCUGAUGUCGCAUUAGAAGCAGUGGGAUUUCAGUGCCCAUCUCUUGAAACCUUGUCAUUGUUUUCAAGGUUUAUCCGCAACAAAGGCUUGAUUUCUGUAGCCAUAGGAUGCCAUCUACUAAAAUCUUUGAAAGUAUACUGCGAAAAUGUGACAGAUGAGGCUUUGCAAGCUGUUGGAAGUUUUUGUUUACUGCUGGAGUCUUUAUCUUUAUACCAAUGUUAUAAAUUGACGGUCAG